AUGUCAGGCCGAAACAUCUCAUAUGGCCGCGGAGGCGCCGGCAACAUCUCGCGCCAACACUCAGCCCCAACGCCCAAAGACCUCGUCACCCCCACAAUCAAACAAGAAGUCUACACAACCGGUCGCGGUGGCUCAGGCAAUAUGGCUCACAAUGAUCCCGACCGUCCUGAGAUCGCGCGCGAAAGUCAGGAUGUCGAGUCUCCUCCCCUCCGGGCGCAACAGAUGCCCCACCACACUGGACGAGGCGGCGCGGCAAAUGCUUAUAUCCCCACAAUGGAGGAGGAAGAACGGGCGAGAAAGGAGCAUGAACAGGUUAAUGAGCUGAUUCGGGUGCGCACACAGGAUAAGGAUCGCAUUAGGGAGGUCGAGCAUGAGCGUCAGGAGCUGCGGAAGCCUGAUCCGGUGCAUUUGGCGCAGCGACAGGGUCGAUCGGGCGACCGAGCUUGA